CUUAGCAAUCCAGCAUUCUGCAGCAGGGACCAACAAGGACACCCGCAAGCGCUCUGCCAGAAAGUCAUGAGUCACUGCAUCGCGAUAGAGGAGGCCUCCGAAGACGCGUGUCUCGGAAGCCGCGACGUGACGUCGGUUGCGCCCGCACAGUUUCGAGCCACCGCCGUCUACUCGAACGGGGAGAAUCCUGCGGACAUUGCCGUUUCCGGAACCACUACGGCGCCUUCCUUGAACACUCCGGCGGCAGACGUGGUGCUUCCGAUGGACGACCUGGUCACCGUCGGGUGGUCCGGGAAGGAGUACCUCUGCCCAGACUCGUCCGUGCAGGUGGACGAGGCCUUCCACGACCCCUGCUUGGUGUCCGCGGUCAAGCAGUGUCCGACGUCGCUCGACUCGGUCAGUCUGAGCAGCGACGGUGCACCGGCGUGCCGAAUCUGCUUCUUCGGAGGCGGAAAAGAGCCGCUGCUCGAGCCGUGCAAUUGCCGUGGCACAAUCGGAUUCGUCCACAGGGAGUGCCUUGAGCUGUGGAUUCAGCGCACGGUAAACCCGCAGUGCCAGGUCUGCCACUUUCAGUAUACUGUCACAAAACAACCAAAGCCGGCAUGGCGUUUGCUGUCGGACGCCGAAGCCCGCCGGCCGGUGCUCGGCUACCUGGCGCUGGGAGCUCUCUUCGUGGUCAGCACCGCCUUCGUUUUUUCGCUGGCCUGGUUGUACGCGGUGCGCCUACCGGCCCGCGUAGGAGACAACACGGCCGCCGUGGUGGUCGUGCUCCUGUCCGUGCUGCACUUCUUGUGGCUCUACUUUCCCUUCGUCAGCUUCCUGUACUCCAUCAGAGCGUUCAAGGAAUGGCACCGAAGCAGCGCCUCCGUGAAGCUUGUACUGGAGCCCGGUGAGAACAGGAGGAAACUCCCGUCGUUCUUCAGCGUCCAGCGUGCCGGCAAGGGAUCUCAAGAGCCCGUGAUAUCCACCGGCAGCGCUCAAUAAAGACGCCAGUG